GCGUGAAUGAGUGAAUACACACACUUGCAUCUUCCUCUUUGCUGCCCUCUCUCCUCAGUAGCCGGAGGACGCUGGAGAAAAGCGAAAAGAAAGGAAGAGCCCUGGUUGUCAGUGAUGCAGGGGCCUGGGGGGCUUGGGCUUUCUCUUCCUGCUGGAUGCUGGGGACAGGAUUCCUCUCUCCCCAUCCCAUCUUAGGAACUCUUGCUGGUUGGUAGGAGUGAGCUUUAAAACUGGAAGAGCCAUCGAAAUCAACCCUCUCAUUUUACGGAGGAGGAGACCGAGGCUCAGAGUCUUUUCUUACCUUGGGAGUAGUUCCAGAAGCCAGGCAUGUAUAUGCAGAUAGAGACCCGAACUGGCUCCCUUCUCCAUCUGAAGAGGUCUCCUGGUAUCCGAUCCUGGUCUCUUCUUGUAGGGAUCUUGUCCAUUGGCUUGGCAGCUGCAUACUACAGUGGAGAUAAUCUAGGCUGGAAAUUCUUCUAUGUCACAGGGUGUCUAUUUGUGGCGGUGCAGAACUUAGAGGACUGGGAGGAAGCCCUAUUUGACAAGACUACUGGGAAAGUAAUCUUGAAAACAUUUAAUCUCUACAAGAAAAUACUGACGGCUUCUAGAGCAUGCCAGGAACAAGUGGUGGUUGGACUGAAUGAUAUUCAGGAUGUGAAUGUCAUAGAGGAGAAAGUUCGAUAUUUUGGGAAGGGCUAUACAGUGGUACUUCGGUUUGCAACAGGUUUUUCCCAUCCUCUUACCCAGAGUGCAGUGAUGGGUCAUCGGAGUGACGUGGAAGUGAUUGCCAAGCUUAUCACCAACUUCCUGGAGCUGCACCAGCCAGAGAGCCCCAAAGACUUGUCCCAGAGCAGUGACACUGAGGCCAGUGAUGUGGAUGACCCCCAGCAGUAGAACUGAAGUUUGACAGGGCGGCCUGAGCCACUGAGUCUGGCUGCCCUAUUCUUCCUGCAGCUUUUGAUACUUCCUUCUUUCCUCCCUUUUCCCAGAGCAGCUUGCUUGGCUAUAUUUGGUUUUCAUAUUGAUGUGGGUUGCUAGCAGAGGGAUCUAUGUUUUGUUUCUGCUUCUCUGACAAAGCUCCCAGCUCACCAGAUUGGAUCUUAAACCAUGUGGCCAUUUAUUGAGUUUGUCCCUUCCUUCUUAUUUGUUGUGUAGUCACAGAACUUAAAGGGACCUUAAAGACUAUCCAGCCCUCUCAUUUUACAGAGGAGGAACCUGAGGCUGAGAAAGGGAAAGUGACUUUCCUUUCGUCAUACAGCUUAAUAAAUAGAAGAGCUGGGACAUGAACCACAUCAUAUAUAACUCCAUUGUUCUCUCCACUAUACCAUGUUGCCUUAUGCCUCUCUUUCAGGAGUGGGAGAUUAGGCUGACAUGUCUACUCAACUUUCCUCACCUAGAGUUAUCUGGAGAGGUCUGGGCAAAAAGGUUCUUUGAAAAUUUUGCUUCAGAGAUGAAAAGCAUGAAGAAAUACAAAAUGAAAGAAGGCCUUGAGAGGAAUGAGAUUGGGGGAGGAAUGUGAAUGUCAACCAUUUGGAGUUACUUCUGCUGAGCAGGAAUUCCUAACCUGAUAUCCAUGGGUCCAUGGAUAGAUUUCAUGGGACAUUUGAACUUAGAUGGGGAAGAAAAAAAAUUACAUACCUAUUUUCAUUAACCGCUAAUUGAAAUUUAGCAUUUCUUUCAAUUAUGAAUUUUUUACAAAAACCCAGUAUUCUAAGAAGGGAGUCCAAACUACGUACUUCACCAUACUGUCAAUGAAGUCCAUGACACAAAAAUACUUGAGAACUGGUCUAGAAGCAUUUGAAUGUACUUAAAAUCACAUCUACAAAAAUUGCUGCCUCGUUAUGGGACCAAGUGAGGCAGCUGGUAACUUUGGUUGUUAAAUAUUUAAUUGCUUCUAUGAAAUUUUAGGGAGCUGACAGCCCCAGCUCUUCAAAGAGGGGCUUGAAGUGAUUAUGUGGCCAUUGCUGGUUGGAGAUUCUGUUCUUUGUAUACCGUUUAAAUGUUUUGUCUCUGGAAAUCAUUAGGAAGCCAAGUCUAAUCUCAGCCUUCUCAAAAAAAUUCUCCCCAACUGGGAAGCACAACUGUACAAGUGCUUAAAUUAAAGGAUCCUAUGAGAGGCCGGAAGUCCCAGCUUUAUACCAGCCAUAGAUAAUGAAACCCUGCAAAUGAAUUGAAUAGGCCAACUGAGAAAUAAGAUCUCUUUAUACCUCCAGCUCAGGUUCCACCUCACUUAAAGAGGCUGAAGUGAGUUUUGGGUGGGUAUAUGUAGCAGCAGAGUGUGCCUAACUGUAGCUAGGUAUGUUUUGGGGGUUAUGAAUAAAUGAGGAAGUUUUCCAGAGAUCUCACAGCAGCUGCCCUUUUUUAACCAGCCUGUCUUUUCUUCUGUCUAUGGUGAACCAAAAGGAUAGAGUGUAUACUGGAACUUGCAACACAUGUCUUAUGAGGGGCCUCCUUAGUGCAUCCAGCUCCAACUUAUUGUAAAUAGGCCUCACAGGUGGAUUAUUGUGUAGAAUCCUUCCUGUUAGAUGUGUGCCCAGUAGGGAGAUACUGGCUGCUGGUUGCACAUUUAAGUAUAUUUGAGAAGUCUCAGGUCUCAUUUUGAGAUCUGUUUUUGCCAACUGUAAAAUCAGGUCAGAGAAAGUAACCUUCCUUAACUCUUCCUUUACUUCUUGGGCUUCAAAACUACAAGGCUUAUGAAAUGAAUUUUUAACCAAAGAAAUAUUACUGUCAGUCCAGAAGGGAAGCCAUUUUAGAUAAAUGGCAGAGAAACUGCUCUUCAUUAACUCAUGUCAGGUUCUAGAGAUUUCAUUCCCCGAGUUACCUUUUUCACUUUCACCUUUUCUAAUAAGCUAUUUGGGGAAACUUGUAAGUGGGAUAGAACUCUGGCCAGUGGGCCCAAGCCCAGAAAAACUGAAUGAACUGUAGGCAGUGAGACUGGUGGCUUCUGGGAAUAGGGUUUGAAAGUUCAAUUCCUGAACUGGCAUAAACUCAGACCAUGCUCAUGAGACCUGGCCUGUUUUCUUGCAUGUUGUGAUGCCUUAAUAACCAUAUUUCCUCUGACUUGGCUUGGAUUGGCAGAACUGGGGUAUCUGCUCUGCAGCUACUUUGUUUGGCUUAGUACAUUUUUUUUUUCUUCAGAAAAGGGUAAGUGUGUUUCUGUGUCAGGACAGAUUAAUCCAGGAUGGGCUAAGUCCUAUGUAACAUAAAUUGGUUUCACUCUUUACAUAGCAGCAUAGAUACCUUUUGUAAUUUGCCUUUGGCUGAUUCUCUUAAGAAAGGAGUAACUCAGCUAAUGGGAUUCUCUUUUCCUGCAUUCUCUUUUCUAAAGAGUAAAGAAGGCCCAGUUUUAAGCCUACAAAGAUGUGCUCGUCUAGAACUUUGGUAAUUUGUUGUCCUUUCUAAUCUCAGCAUCUUCACUCCCUUGUGACUCAAUGGCUAGAUGUCUAGCUCCCACAGAAAACAGGUGUGGGGAGGAAUCUUGGAAGUCAUCAGAUUUCUUUAUGAGAACUCUGAAGACCUGGUAGGUUGUUGGUUUAACACACUGGGUUUUAGUUUUCUGCCCAUCCCUGCCCCAGUAGUUUCAGCAUUAUUUUAUGUUUGAGGGUUAGAACUUUGCCAGCUACCACGUCUUAACAAUCAGCUGCUAAAUUAAAACCCCACUAGGUAGGUGAGACUCACUGCCCAUUUCAUUCUGGAUAUUCAUAGCAGAUUACGUCUGUGGCAGGAAUUAGCUUCUAGGACUGAAGGAAAUGCACUGGGUGUGCUAGAUAACUAACACAUUACUGCAUGUGGGAUGAAACACCUAUUCCCCUAAAGUGAAAGAUGGAUUGUGUAGAUUGAAGGUUGUGUUUGGGUGGAUCCAUCACAAGUCUGUGUAGUCACAUAAAGAGGUCAUUACUUGUGUGAGACUGAGAGCUGUUCUAUUCUGUGACCACAGUUGAACCAGAUAUUUUAUAUGUUUCCUGGUCAUAAGGUACAGUGAGAAUAUGAAUAUCAGGGCAUAGCCAAUUUCUGUUGAAAUGGCUGAAGAUGAAGUGAAUUAGUCUCUUCAACUUACAUUUUACUAGAUAAUCAAAACGAGUAAGUGAAAUCCAAAAAACAUUUUGAAAGCUUUUUAGUCAUUUAACUCAUAACAAUUAGCCUUUUUGCCAGUGGCCUGCACACACCCAUGUCAAAUGCUCUUGGUAAUUGACAAUGGCAGGGUAGAUAGUAAGAGAAAGGCAAAAGAACUUUCCGUAAGCUGGAUAAUUAGUCCCUAAGUAAUUGAGGCUUGACAGUGACUUCUUCAUAGAUGAAUCCCUUGUUCAGAUGAAUGCCAAGGGCUCUGCCAUUGUACCUAUCUUGGUGAACUUGGUCCUGACAUUGACUCUGUGAAUUAAUUAUUCAUUGAUUUACCUAAAAACACACAGAACCAGUGGUUUACCUCUGUACCUGAAGCUCUUAUUGGAACUUUUUUUCGUUGUGUAGUGCUGAAGGCUGAUGGUUAUUUGGGGGGCUUUAGAAGAAUAUAUUUUACUUUUACAUACAUACUUUUAGAAGAAUAUAUGUCUUGAAUAAUUUUCAAAUUUUCCUAUAAGCCUGCUAUUUCUUAAGGCAUGUGGAAAAGUCACAAGAAUUACCUCACACUUCAGGACCUCCUGUCCCUAGGAACUUCCCUCUUAUUAUAGAGAGUGGGAGGUGGGCUUCUGGGAGCUCCGCCCAGAUCCUCCACCAUUUAAGGAAGGCACUCUGGGCAUUUUCCUCAUCAUUUUCCACCCAGCUGCUUUCCUGGACUUCAUCAUCUCCAGAAACUGAUUCUGCAAGAUGAAAUCAACCCAGAAACUUAUACCUUCUCAGAUCAUCUUUCCAUCCCAGCUGCAUGAUAUUAUUGUACUAGGCUAUUCCCUCCUUCCACAUUCUGCUUUUUAUGUGUAUUCUCCCCCAUUAGACUGUGAGCUCCUUGAAAGCAAUGCGUAUUAUGCCUUUCCUUGUAUCCUAGGCUUAGCACAAUGCCUGGUGCAUAAUAAAUGUGCUUAAUAAAUGUUUAUCGACUGACUUUGAAUUAUACCUUUCAACCGUAUCAUGGCAUUUCUGUAGUUAUACUUUCUUAACCUUCAUCAGUUUUCUUUUUGAGUUAAGCAGACUGUGUCUUGUUGCUACUGAAACACAAAAGGAUUUAUACUUGACCAGGUGUGCUUUUGUAUGGCAAUGACAAAAAAGGUAUUGGUGUUACAAACAUUCUCAUGUAAUUCAGUGAAACUCAAAUUGUGUGUGUAGCUUCCCAGUGCUGCAGAGUUCCUUUCGGCUCUUAGUCUUUCCGAAGUUGGUAACAGAACACUGGGGGUGGGGGUUUGGGGUUGGCUUCUUUGCUUCUGAAGCAAUUAUGUGGCCAGUAGAGUUCAAACUAACAAGUUUGUGUAAGUCUACUGGCUGUUUUUCAGCAACUGCCCAGGAAUAGUCAUCAUUCUUGAUUGGAGAGAAAAGGUAGAUUAUAUUUAAAAAACACAGCUGCUGGAGCUUUUCCAGUGUUAUAAAGGAAGUCGUUGUCAGUGAACCAUUCUUUCUGAAUGUGGCUGAGAAAUCUUCCCUGUCUCUGUUUCUAUUCCUACAAAUUCUUUCACUCAUUUGACUGGGCUUCCAUUCAAACAUUCUCGAAGUCUAGCUUAGGCACUCACAUACUCACAUUAUGUGAUUACCAUUUACAGUUUCUUAAUUUCCCUCCCCAGAUAUAUUUUCCCCAAAAGCUGACCUCAAAGGAUUACAGAAGUUCUUGGAUUUGAAGAGACCUUAGAGAUCAUCUAGUUCAAUGUGUUACCUGAACAGGAAUCCUUUCUACAAGAUCUCUUAAGAGAUGGAGUCUUCUGUUUGGAAAUCUUGUAUGGGGGCAAGUAAUCCAAACUAAUGUAAGCAACCUCUUUCAUUUUUGGACUCCUGUCAGGAAGGUUUCUCUUACAUUGAGGUGAUGUCUACAUCUAUGCAGCUUCUACCUAUUACUUCUAAUUGUGCCUCCUGGAACCAAAAAGAAUAAGUCUUACAUGUAACAGGCUUUUAAAUACUUGACAAUAGCUAGCUGUCAUGCCCCCUUAAGUCAUCUCCAGGCUAAAUAUCCCUGGGUCCAUCAAAUCCCUGUAUGCUACAUAUAGUCUUCAGUCUCUUCAACAUUUUUGGUUACCCCUCUGUGAAGGCACUAUAGCUUGCUGAUGCCUUAUUUAAAAUGGUGUACAGAACUGCAUACAAUAUUCCCAGUGUGAUCACUUUAGUGCCCCUAAAAAGAUUCUAUACUAACUCCCCACUGCCUUUUAAAGCAGAUAACUAAAGAUUGGCAACUUCUGUGGUGUCAUACAAAAACCUACAGCAAAGUGGGAAUAGGUGGUAGUUUUUCAAGAAUGAUAGUAAGGAGGUGGUGGCAAGUCUUUCCUCCUUCCAAAAAAACAAAAAAACACCAAAACCAACCCAACCCAAAACACUUUUGUAUGAGGAGACAAUCCAACAGCAGUUUCCCAUGCAACAGGGAUGGAAUGAAAACUCAUUGAACUCAUCCCCCUC